UUUACAGCUUUCUCUCUUUCUCUCUCUAUCGAACAGUCUCUUCUUCUCCACUAGCGAACGUUGCUUUCCUCCCUACUCAAAUUAGCUACGGAGUUUGUUCUUUUUUAUCUCUCAGACAAGAAAGAGAAAGAGAAAGAGAAAGAGAAAGAGAGUCUAUCUUACAAAACAACAAUACUUUCUUCUCGAAAGCUCUGUAAGAAAGAAAGAGUGAACUUCAAUUCAGACUCUUCGACCGCCACUGGCGCACCUUCCUAUGCUCGCUUACUGACAAAAGUUUAAACCUUUCUCUCUCUCCUCCUUCCGUUUAUGGAUCUGACAGGAGGAUUUGGAGCUAGAUACGACGGCGGCCAGGAAGCUACAGGGCUUGAAUCGCUUCAUCUAGGAGAUGAAUUGCGGCAACUACCUCCGGAUGGGUUCACGGCGUUGCUUGAGCUUCCUCCUACACAAGCCCUAAAGCUUCUCCAUUUCACUGAUUCCCCCUCUUCUUCUCCUCAAGCGGCGCCAAUUGCUCCACCAUCUUUUGCUUCUAACUUGGCCCUCAUGGAGCGACCCGCUCGUUUCUCCACUGAGCAUCAGCAAAACGGUACUAAUCUCUCCGGUGAGACUACGACGAGCUCCAGCGUCAAAACAGAGCCUGCUGAGACCAAUUCUUCAUCUCAAGCGGUGAACAAUCGAUCUGGCAAGAGGAAAGAUUCCGACAACAAGCCUAAAAGCUCUACGAAGAAGAAGAACAAAAGCUCUGAAGAGAAGGAGAAGCUGCCUUAUGUUCAUGUUAGAGCUCGCCGUGGUCAAGCAACUGAUAGCCAUAGCUUAGCAGAACGAGCAAGAAGAGAGAAGAUUAAUGCACGAAUGAAGUUGUUACAAGAACUUGUCCCUGGCUGUGAUAAGGUUUGUCUCUCAGAUACUAAGAUUCAAGGUACAGCUUUGGUGUUGGAUGAAAUCAUUAACCAUGUCCAGUCUUUACAACGUCAAGUGGAGAUGCUAUCAAUGAGACUUGCUUCAGUAAACCCCAGAAUCGACUUUAAUCUAGACACCAUACUGGCUUCAGAAAACGGUUCUUUAAUGGAUGGGAGCUUCAACUGUACAGCAAUGCAGGUUUCCUGGCCUCAUCAAGUGAUUGAGACAGAACAGCCCUAUCAUCAACACCGGCAACUGCAACAACCGCAACAGUGGCCUUUUGAUGUCUUGAACCAGCGGGCUUGGGGAAGAGAAGAGGAUCAAGAUCAUGGCAACGACCACAACAGUUUGAUGGUGGGUUCUGCUAAUUUGCACCCGAACCAGGUCAAAAUGGAGUUGUAAGUUUGGGGGAAAACAGUAGUUUAUGUAUGUUUGUAUAUAUCAUGUAAGCUUUGUAUACAAAUAGAUAUCUGUGAUUCUGUUAAGAAGGUAUCAGUCAUUUCAUUCAGUAAGACAAAACUGGUAUAUGUUUAUUUCAUACUUUUACCAAAUUUCCGCAAUGUAGUAUUACUUUUUCAUCUAA